CCGCUAGAUAGCUCCUACCCUGCACAAGACUGAGCGGUUACGGAAUAAAUAUUUAUAAUUUAGCAGCGUGAAUUGGCUACUGUAGCCACAAAUUUAACAAAUUGCUUGGUAGCUCCUAUUGCGAUAGUAUGACGGGUUUAUUGAGCAUUUUAAAGAAGCUGAGGUCUAAUCCUGAUAAGGAACUUCGUCUUUUACUACUCGGUCUUGAUAAUGCUGGGAAAACUACUCUUCUAAAGCAACUCGCAUCCGAAGAUGUGUCCCACGUAACUCCUACAGCUGGAUUUAAUAUAAAAUCGGUCCUUUCGAAUGGAUUUAAACUGAACGUGUGGGAUAUUGGCGGGCAGAGAAAAAUUAGACCUUACUGGAGAAAUUAUUUUGAAAAUACUGAUAUAUUGAUAUACGUAGUAGACUGCUCAGACCAUCAGCGGCUGGAAGAGACCAGUCAGGAGCUAACGGAGUUGUUACAAGAUGAGAAGUUACGUGGUGUAGGACUGCUGGUGUAUGCUAAUAAACAAGAUUUGCCCACAGCUCUUCCAUCAAGCGAAGUAGCUCAGCACCUCGGUUUACACCUAAUUAGAGACCGUACAUGGCAGAUUCAGGCCUGUGUGGCUACAGAUGGUACCGGCGUCAAAGAAGGCAUGGAAUGGGUAUGCAAGAAUAUACCCGUUAAGAAAUAGUCAUUUUGUUUAAUAACCGUUUGCAAUGAUCAAGUGACAAUCUUAUGGUCAAACGAAACGUGACAGUCGUCACAAUACUUAGCUUUACAUUAUGGACCAUUUUUAUCAUAAGUAUCAUAGAGUUUAAAGCUGAAUUUGCUGGUGACUGUAAGCACAUCAACUUUGUUCAUUUUAGUAACCAGGAAUUGUAUCUUCCUGAAAUGCUAUAGAGAAGUUACUUAAUUUGAAGCGGUGCAUGGUUCAUGAAUUACCUGCUGCCAUAAUUAGUAUAAUGUUUUAUACUAGGUUAUUUGUAAAAUAUUAAGAAUCUCGCAGGACUAUAUUACUAACGUCACAAAGAACAGCUUUUGUUCCAAUACUUUUUGUUUAACAAAAUAAACUUCUAAGGUUUUGUUGUACUGUAUGACACUUUUUAGAUCUGCAUUUAAGUUAAUAUAUUCAAACAUGCAAGUGUCGUCUUCCCGACGAUACAUUUUGCAUCGGAUUGGUAUUUACACCAACGGUUCUUUUGUCACAGCACCACCUAAACCUAUCUAUCCUUCUAUCGCCACUUAAACCUAUAUAAAUAUUUCAAUUUUUGUACGAAAGAAAAAAAUGUUGUUUAUGAUGUUAGUAACAAGUAAGUAGUCCUGGGAGGUGGUUAGUAUUUUAGAAAUAAGCCUGUAUAUAACCCUUAUAAUUUUACAAUCGUUUAUUGGGUGCACGUAAUGUGGUAGCACGUGAAGGUUUUAAUACCCAAUCUAUUCCUUCUUAAUAUUCUAGUCUUGGCCUUAUAAUCAUAUAGUUGGUUGCAACUAUGGAAUUUAGUUGACCAAGUCCUAAACUAACUUGCAUUGAUAUAAUUUUAUUGCAUGACUAUAAUACUUAUUUUUAUUUAUUUAAAAUUGACCACACACAUCCUCUCACAUUUACAGUUUACAAUAAAACAUGCAAGGUUACGGUUGUAAUACAAUUAAUUUAUUAUUGGCAGCUAUUUAAUUGAUAUAUUAUGAUCAGUGAUCGGGAUUGAGGGUGUUAAUUUACCUUAAGCAUGAACGAUUUCUUAAUACGGACAUACCCAUUUCGUCAUCAAUGCGUAUAAAAUUUCUUUUUUUUCUUACUGUUUAUUUUCUAAACAUUUCAGAAUAUAGGUUGUCUCAUGUAGAGUUUUUUAGAUGGCUAACGUAUUUAAAUAGUUACAAUAUUAUUUUUUGAAACUAUAAUUUGUAGCAAAUACUUGAUAAGGAAUAAUAAUUUGUUACCAAUGUACUCAAAUUUUUCCAGUUUCAGUUCCGAGAAGUUCCGGGAUUUGUAGAAGAGAAUAUCCACGUUAUUCUUUAG